GGCUCGACAGCGGGCAUCGGGUCACCAGGCAUCAGGUCAUUUGGCUCGCCAGCGGGGCACCGCGUCAUCUGGCAAGGCAGUGGGCACCGAGUCACCAGGUACGACAGCGGGCUCCGAGUCAAUUGGCACGACAGCGGGCACCGGAUCAGGUACCGGAUCAUCUGGAUCAACAGCGGGCAUCGAGUCAACUGGCCUAAUAGGAUCGUCAGGCUGGAUCAGUUCAUCAUGCUGGGCCGAGUAGAGGCAUCAGGCUGCGUACAGGCA